AUGCAAUCAGUUCAGUGCUUUGGAAAAAAAGGCAAUGCUACCGCCGUUGCUCAUUGCAAGGCCGGUAAGGGUUUGAUCAAGGUCAACGGUGCACCUCUUUCUCUUGUCCAACCCGAAAUUUUGCGUAUGAAGGUUUACGAGCCCAUCUUGGUUGCUGGAGCUGACAAGUUUGCCGGCGUUGAUAUUCGCGUUCGUGUUUCUGGUGGUGGUCAAGUUUCUCAAAUCUAUGCUAUCCGUCAAGCCAUCUCCAAGGCAAUCGUUGCUUACUACCAAAAGUUUGUCGACGAACACUCCAAGGCUGAAGUCAAGAAGGCCCUCGUCACUUACGACCGUACUUUGUUGGUCGCUGACCCUCGUCGUAUGGAGCCCAAGAAGUUCGGUGGUCACGGUGCUCGUGCUCGUCAACAAAAGUCUUAUCGUUAA